AACACUCUUUCUCUGACCGGAGUCUGAAGAAUGGAUCCACCGCCGAUUACUCUAGUGAUGGUCCAGGGUCCACGACAAGGCGAAACCAACAUAUACCAACCCGGGUCCGCCAUCCGGAUCGGGCGGGUGGUGCGUGGCAACAACCUUCCGAUCAAAGACGCCGGCGUUUCUUCUAAGCACCUUACAAUCGAAUCCGGAUCUGGUAAAUGGAUCCUUCGAGAUCUCGGAUCCUCUAACGGCACGACUCUUAAUUCCGAUUUACUCCCUGCCGAUACUCCAUUUGAUCUCAAAGACGGCGAUACGGUGAAGCUGGGAGAGACUACGUCGAUCUUGAUCAGAAUCGAAGGCGGAAGAGGUGGUGCAGAGGAGGUAGCGGUGGCAGCGGAGAGACGGAGGAGGAAUCCGUCGAGGAGAGGUAAGGUUUUGAAGAACGAAACAUAUGAUUUUAAUAAAGAAUUAGAGAAUUUAGAAGUAGAAAAGAAAGAAAACUUUAGGGUUACUAGGAGUAGGAAGAAUGCGGAUUCCCUGAAAUGCAGGUUAGAUGUUCCGAAGGCUACUGAAAAUCAGGAAGAAGCCGUGGCAAAACGAGGGAAAGGCCGCCCUCGGGGGAGGAAAAAGAACGAUCAGGAAGGAAAAUUAGGGGAAAAAGAAACAAUUUUGAUAGAAGUAGAUGAGGCGAAUAAGGAGGAAUCGCUGAUUCCAGUGCAAAACCAAGAAAUUCAAGUAAGAAAAGACGAAGGGUAUAAGGUGGAGGAGCUGAAUCCAUUGCAAAACCAAGAAAUUCAAGUAAGUAAAGGUGAAGGGUAUAAGGUGGAGAAGCUGAAUCCAUUGCAAAACCAAGAAAUUCAAGUAAGUAAAGAUGAAGGGUAUAAGGUGGAGAAGCUGAAUCCAUUGCAAAACCAAGAAAUUCAAAGUAAAGAUGAAGUGGAUAAGGUCGAGGAGCUGAAUCCAUUGCAAAACGAAGGAAUUCAAGUAAGAAAAGAUGAAGAGAAGGUAGAGUGUUCUAAAACAGAGGUUAAGGAGAGCUGUGAUGAAAGGGUAGAGAUGGAUUUGAAGAAGAUCACAUUGAGGGAUUGGUUCGAUUACCUGGAGGGUCAUUUGCCGAAGCAGAUAACCGAGGCUACGGAGGAGAUGAUUGAAGGCAUGAGGAGGAAAGCUGAGAGGGUUCAGGAGUACAUGGUAGAGCAGAAGAAGGGUAAAGCUGCUGUGGGUUAGGCUUAGAGGUAGCUAUCAAACACUUUGAGUUGUAGUAAUCAGUGUCUAAAUUACAAUGUGCUUAAUUGUUUUCUGGUGACGUUUGAAUCAUGUUGCUGAUAAGUAUUUUUGGCAUGAUCUCUAAUGUUUAUGCUUCUGCUGCUUGGAUUUCCAAAAGUCAGAAACUUUAAGAUGAUUCUGAAAGACCUGUGCUUUUGUAUCCCGGGAGCAGAGUCAUAAAAAUCUUCCUGGUGGUAUUGUUGGAUAUUGGUUUAUUGAGUAACUUUGAUAGAUUAAGGGAGUUUUAGAGUACGUGUAAUCAAGGGCACAAGGUGCAUUUUAGGCCUUAGAAUCCUUGUAAUUGUAUUGCCUUGGACACAAAAGGGUAAAGAAAGUGUUUACCUGCAUGAAGGGGCAUUAAGUAUUUGUGUAUUUUUGUAUUAGUG